AUGGCUGACAGAAAUGUCAGUGUGAUAACUGAAUUCAUCCUCCUGGGACUGACUGAUAAUCCUGAACUGAAUUUUGUCCUUUUUGUCGUGCUUCUCUUGAUCUAUCUCAUUAAUGUGGUGGGUAACGUGUGGAUUAUCACAAUCAUCCUGGCCAGCGUCCAGCUGCGUUCUCCCAAGUACUUUUUCCUUAGCCAGUUGGCUUUCUUGGAUUUCUGUUAUUCUUCAGUCUUUAUUCCUAGAAUGCUGGAGAGCUACCUAGCAGGACAGAGGGCCAUCUCCUAUGGUGGCUGCCUCAUUCAGUAUUCCUUUGUCAGCCUGUUUCUAACCACUGAGUGCUUCCUCCUGGCGGCCAUGGCCUAUGACCGCUAUGUCGCUAUUUGCCGUCCACUGCACUACAGAGGGGUCAUGACCCCCACGUUUUGCAUUCACCUAGUGACUGCCUCCUACUUAAUGGGGUGUGCCAACUCAGUCACCCACCUCAGCAGCCUGCUCAGUUUGUCCUUCUGUGGGCCCAAUGUCAUCAAUCACUAUUUCUGUGAUAUUCCAUUGCUCUUUCAGCUUUCCUGUUCCGAUACCCAAUACAGCAAGGCUUUGUUUCUUAUUCUCUCUACUAUGACCACAGGGACCACCUUUCUGAUAGUGGUCAGUUCCUAUCUGGGCAUCCUUCGCACUGUUCUGCAGAUAGACUCAACAAAGGGCAGAUAUAAAGCUUUCUCCACAUGUGCCUCCCAUCUAACAGUGGUUACUCUCUUCUAUGGAACUGUGACAUUUACUUACCUGGGUACCAGCUCUAGCUACCCUCAGGACAGAGCCAAAAUCCUGUCUGUGUUUUAUACCCUUUUUCUGCCAAUGCUAAAUCUUCUGAUAUACAGUGUGAGAAACAAAGAGGCCAAAGAUGCAAUGAAAAGGAUUCUUAUGAGAAAAAUAUUUGCUCAGCAAUUGUGA